GGCAGAUAUAUUGGUUAAUAUUUGCUUCAAAAGUGCGUACCAUGUGCAUUCCACUUUGGUGAAGCCACACCUGCAGAGUAAAAAUCUGUGUGAAACCAGAAUGUUUACCUCUAGCUGGCCUUGUGAUAAUGAAAAAGCUAAAACAUUCAUUUAAGUCUGAGACACAGCAGGUUAGAACUACAUAACUUUUAACUCUACAGCAGCAACACAGCACAUAUCUCUUUAGGGUUGAGGACUGUUGCUUUACAGCCCCAAUGGAACCAAAAGUAGUUCUCAUAACUGGUUGCUCCUCGGGUAUUGGACUCAGCCUUGCUGUGCACCUUGCAUCCAAUCCUUCCAAAGAAUUCAAAGGUAAUUGAUACAACAGAAAUGUUUAGCACAUAUUUGAAUUGCAUGUAUUUCUGAAAAUUGUGAAUGUGGAAAGUAUGUUCAAUCAUAUACUGUACGCAAGUAUUUAUAUUAUUCUAUGAUCAUUUUUGUGUUAUUUAGUCUAUGCUACAAUGCGGAACCUGGACAAAAAGCAGCGUCUGUUGGAGACUGUGAGAGGACUUCAUAAAGACACUAUGGUCAUACUACAGAUGGACGUGACAGAUCAGCAGUCCAUACUUGAUGCUAAGAGGAAAGUUACAGAGGACAGAAUCGACGUACUGGUUUGCAAUGCAGGUGUAGGUUUGAUGGGACCCCUGGAGACCCACUCAAUAGACACUAUACGUGGAGUCCUGGAGGUCAACCUGCUGGGCACCAUUCGCACCAUACAGACCUUCCUACCAGACAUGAAAAGAAGAAGACAUGGGAGAAUCCUUGUGACUGGUAGCAUGGGAGGACUACAGGGUUUGCCAUUCAACGAUGUCUACUGUGCUAGUAAAUUUGCAGUAGAGGGCGCUUGUGAGAGCCUGGCCAUUCUGCUUCAACAUUUCAAUAUUCAUGUGAGCCUCAUUGAAUGUGGACCAGUCAACACAGACUUCUACACGAACCUGAGGAGAACAGAGCUCAGUGAUGAUGAGCUGGAGAUUGAUGCAUACACACGCAGCCUGUAUGAGGAGUAUCUGAAGCACUGCCAGUCUGUGUUCCAGAAUGCUGCUCAGGACACUGAUGACAUCAUACAGGUGUAUCUGGAGGCAAUCCAAGCACAGACUCCAUUGCUCAGAUAUUACACUAACACAGCCCUGUUACCCAUGAGCAACCUGAAACUCUCGUCCUUGGAUGGCUCGCAGUACAUCAGAGCAAUGAGCAAGGUCAUCUUUUCUCCACCUAAUCCAAAUACUGAUGCACAGAUAUAAAGUGUCAUGGAGAACAAUUAUAUUUGAAAGUAAUUGGCAAAAUAAGUCAUAAUCUGAAAGAUGUGUACUGGAUAUCAAACACACUCAAUGAAAAAAUGAAAUAAAAGCUGUGGUAUUUUACCUACUAUACUGA